AUGACUUGGUAUUCAUCUGGAAAUACUAAUUAUGAACUUGUAACGAAUUUACAUUCCAAUGGAUUAAUAACGGAUGAUAGAGUUGAAAAAGCAAUGUUACAAACUGAUCGUGGUGAUUUUGUUCUUGAUAGAAAGUUUGCUUACAUUGAUGCACCACUAGAUAUCGGUUAUUCGGUCACCAUUAGUGCUCCACACAUGCAUGCUUUGGCACUUGAAAUGUUGAAAGAUAAACUACGACCUGGCUCAAAAGUACUGGAUGUCGGCAGUGGAAGUGGCUAUUUAACAGCUUGUUUUGCACGAAUGAUUCAUGGAAGCAAUGGUCGAGUUAUUGGUAUUGAACAUAUAAGAGAGUUGGUUGAUUUAUCCAUUCAAAAUAUUAAAAAAAAUGGUGGUCAUCUAUUAAACGAUGGGACAAUUAAAAUAAUGAAAGGUGAUGGCCGACUAGGCUAUCGUCGCUCUGCACCGUAUGAUGUUAUUCAUGUUGGUGCUGCUUCCAGUCAGAGACCAGAUGAAUUGAUUCGACAAUUGAAAGAAGGUGGGCGAUUAAUCGUACCUGUUGGUAAUGAAAGCGAACAGAACAUGAUGCAAUAUGACAAACUGGCGAAUGGUACUGUGUUGACAACUAAACAUUUCAAUGUUUUGUACGUACCAUUAACAGAUGAACAAAAACAAUUAAAUUCGUAA